AUGGCGUCCAUCGCCGCGGCGGACGUGCCCGACAUGGACAAGAGGAACACGAUGAACCUGGUGCUGCUCGGAGGGGCCACCUCGGUGACGCUGGGCCUGGCGGGCCCCUUCUUUUACUUCUUCGUGCCGAAGGGGGCUGGUGGCGGUGGCGGUGCUCAGGCUGCUAAGGAUGCGCUUGGCAACGACGUCAAGGCUAGUGAGUGGGUGAAGACUCAUCUCCCAGGCGAUAGGUCUCUCACUCAGGGGCUCAAGGGUGACCCCACGUACUUGGUCGUCACUGAAGACAAGAGCAUUGAGAAGUUUGGCAUCAAUGGUGUCUGCACACACUUGGGGUGUGUUGUGCCGUGGGUGACGGCUGAGAACAAGUUCAAGUGCCCAUGCCACGGCUCGCAGUACAAUGCACAAGGAAAAGUUGUGAGAGGCCCUGCCCCCUUGUCACUGGCACUAGCUCAUGCUGACGUCAACGAUGAUGGAAUUGUUGAGUUCAGCCCAUGGACGGAGACAGAUUUCCGCACGGACUCUGCUCCUUGGUGGAAGUAG